CGAGGGGCCGGACGGCGCUGCCGCUGCCGCUGAGGGGAGUUUGCUGAGUUUGUCCGGAUCUCCUGGCGGUCGCAGUCACUGUGGCGGAGCAGCAGCAUGUGCAGGUUCUGUAUCCGAGAAAGGGGGAGCGUGACGGGCGAAAUAAACAGCAACGCACUCAUCGCCGCUGACCACAGUGAUAUCGGUAGCCUGUGCCAGAGCAGCGGGACUCGGCCACGCACCGUCCGGGCAGCAACCGGCCGGCACUGGCGGUUCUGCCGCGCUCUGUAGCCGCAGCGUCUCUCCGGUCUGCAGGGGGUCUGGAAGGAAUUCCGGCAUCUUCCUUCUUGGAGCGAGAACGUGAGGAGCAACUCCGGACUCGGGGAUGGGAAACUUCAACCGGAUAAAGUCAGCGGAAAAGGCACCAAAGUCUUGUUAGAAUCGCAAAGUCUAGUAUUGGAGAGUGAAGACUUUACCGAAGUAUGAGAACCCAAAUGUUAAUAACAUUCGGUGUUUUGGAAGUGAUCGACUAUUUGGAAUCGGAAUCGUCCAGGAAAUUAUGGCAUGCACGUUUGAGUACACCCCUGCAAGGUCAGGACAGUUUGUGCAGUGUCCACCCUCCCAAGAGAAAAGUUUUUUUUCCCAGUAGCCCAAUCAAAUCAAGAGAGGAAACUACGCACAGAAAGAGGAGGCUUUGGCUCAACAGGGUUGGGCAAGGACAGGGCACCUCUACAACUCACACCUCCAAUUGAUUGGAACACCUGACUCCAAAUAGCUUUUGAGAAGUCAUUGUCUCAGAGGACAUAUGACAUAGGAUGAACACUGCUCAUCGCCUGAUAUUAUCUGUGUUGUUGUCCUUCGUUCUACUCACAUUGGGGUUUGAUGUCAGUGAAAACAUAUGUUCCACAUUGAUAACUGGAAUUCAAUACAGAUCAUUCUCCCUUCAAGAUACAUUCCCUGAAGCCUUUUCUGGUUGUUCUUGGACCAUUGAAAACCCAGAUCCAACAAAGUAUACAAUUUACUUAAAAUUUCACAAGGAGAAACAAAUUUGCUACCAUAUCUCUCUGAUGGUACUUCAGUUGGAUCACUACGUUCCAAAUCAGACUUGCAGCACAUUGGAUUAUAUCGAUUAUGAUGCUAUUAACUUAUGCGAAACAAAGAACUUGUUUACAUUUUUACAAUUUGAUAAAGAUUUUGUACAAUUUUGUCUGACUUCUGAAUCAGUUUUGAAUGAACUAGGAAAAAAUGCAAUUGAAUUUCAAUUAUUGGAGGUUAUUUUACUGAAUAAUGAGAAUUCCAGCCAGUUUGGUUGUGGAGUAUUAUGUCAUUGGUUUGAGAGCUGCUUGCGCAACAGAAAUCACCAUGAACCAUGUGGAAUUAAUUACUCAGGUUGUCGAUGUCCUGACAUGCAUGAAAAUGAGUCAGAUUCAACCACAAUACUACCUUUUCUCAAGAAUGAAUUUGUGUCAUCGAAAUUACUUUCUAAGAAUGUAAAUGAGUUGAAUGUUAAAAACUCUGCAGCAACAGUUGGAAGUGAAAUUAAGAAACUACGGAAAAUUAGAAGGCAGCAUCCAAGAUCAGCUGAUGACCCUGGAACAUUUAUGGCACAAAUUGGUGACCCUGCAGCUGAAGAAUGGUCUCAGUGGAGUAUCUGUUCACUGACGUGUGGAAUGGGAUUGCAGGUGCGAACGAGAUCUUGUGUCGCCUCCCCAUAUGGGACUCUGUGCAGUGGUCCCUUAAGGGAAACACGAGUUUGCAAUAAUACAGCCACGUGUCCAGUACAUGGUCUGUGGGAGGAGUGGUCGCCAUGGAGUUUGUGCUCAGUUACCUGUGGGAGAGGAUCAAGAAGCAGAUCUCGGAUGUGCGUUGCUCCACAGCAUGGAGGGAAAUCGUGUCAGGGCCCAGAGCUGCAAACCAAGCUCUGCAACAUUGCUCUUUGCCCUGUUGAAGGACAGUGGAUGGAGUGGGGACCAUGGAACAGGUGCUCAGUGACAUGUUCAAAUGGAACACAGCAAAGAACUCGCAAAUGUAUUUCAACCCACGGUUGGACAGCAUGUAAAGGUCACCAGGCUGAGGCUCGGGAAUGCUUCAAUCAGGAAUGCUCAACUGAAGGCAAAUGGGGUCCAUGGAACCACUGGAGUUUGUGUUCCAAGACAUGUGACAGUGGUUGGCAACGGCGCUUCCGGAUGUGUAAAGGAACAAGUGUCAAAGGUUAUCCAUGUGAAGGAUCAGGGGAAGAAGUCAGGACCUGCAAUGAGAAAAGAUGUCCAGCUCCCCAUGAGAUGUGUAAAGAUGACUACAUUCUGACAAUAACCUGGAAAAGGACAGCAGCUGGAGAACUUGUUUAUAACAAAUGCCCUCCUAAUGCUACAGGUUCAGCCAGCCGCAGAUGUUUGUUAAAUUCUCGUGGAAUCGCAUUUUGGGGCCCACCAAGUUUUGCUAGAUGUGUUUCACAUGAUUACAGGCAUCUAUAUGUAUCGAUCCGAGAGCACUUAGCUAAAGGACAACGGACUCUGGCAGGAAGGGGCAUGUCAGAAGUCAUCAGGACUAUGCUGGGUUUAAUGGAAAGAAAGAAUUUCUACAGUGGAGAUCUCUUGUUCUCUGCAGACAUAUUGCGAAAUGUGACUGAUACAUUCAAGAGAGCCAACUACAUUCCAGCUUCUGAAGAUGUACAAAAGUUCUUUCAAAUUGUCAGUUAUAUGCUUGAAGUGGAAAACAGAGCAAAAUGGAACGAUGCACUGCAGGUUGCACCUGGCUCAAUCCGCUUAAUGCAAGUUGUUGAAGAUUUCAUCCAUAUUGUGGGUCAUGGGCUGAAAGUGUUUCAGAGUGCCCUCAUAGUGACAGAUAACCUUGUGACCAGUAUUCAGCGAGAACCUGUUUCUGCUAUAUCAAGUGAUAUCAGUUUCCCGAUGAAAGGAAGGAGAGGAAUGAAAGAUUGGGCCAGAAACUCAGAGGACAAACUUUAUAUUCCAAAAGAAGUUUUCACAAUUCCUUCUCCAGAAACAGAUGAUUCAGCCUACUAUAUCAUUGGGACAGUGCUGUAUCGAACACUGGGCCUCAUUUUACCUGUUACAAAAAAAUCAAUGGCAAUAAAUUCCAAAAUACUAGCUGUAACAGUCAGACCACAGCCCAAGGCUUCAGAACCGAUUAUUGUAGUAGAGCUGUCUCAUCUUAUUAACGGAACAUCUGACCCACACUGUGUUGUUUGGGACAAUUCCAAAACGGAUACUGGUCCUGGCAGCUGGGACCCUCAAGGCUGUGAAACAGUGCAUACACAAGCAUCACACACUAAAUGUCUCUGUAAUCAUCUGGCUACUUUCGCCAUUUUAGCCCAGCAACCGAAGGAUUCGAACAUGGAUUUAACUGGAGUGCCAUCAGUACCAUUAAUGAUUGGAUGUGGAAUUGCCUGUAUGGCCCUAUUAACAUUACUUGCUGUGUAUGCUGCCUUUUGGAGAUUCAUAAAAUCAGAACGAUCCAUUAUACUACUCAACUUCUGCUUAUCUAUAAUGGCAUCAAACAUCCUGAUUUUGGUUGGUCAAACACAGAUACACAGCAAGGGUGUGUGCAUGAUGACAGCAGCAUUCCUGCAUUUCUUUUUCCUCUCUUCCUUCUGUUGGGUAUUAACAGAAGCCUGGCAGUCCUAUCUCGCUGUGCUAGGUAAAAUUAGGAUGAGGCUGAUAAGAAAACGCUUUCUCUGCCUUGGCUGGGGAUUACCUGCGUUGAUUGUGGCCAUUUCAGUGGGCUUUACCAAAGCAAAAGGAUAUGGAACAGCCAAUUACUGCUGGCUGUCAUUGGAAGGAGGCCUCCUUUAUGCCUUUGUUGGACCUGCCGCAGUCAUUGUAUUGGUAAACAUGCUGUUCGGAAUCAUAGUAUUCAACAAGCUCAUGUCUCGGGAUGGAAUAUCAGAUAAGUCCAAAAAGCAGCGAGCAGGUCAGGCGAGUGAAGUCCAUAGCGGUUUGAUACUCAAAUGUUCCAAGUGUGGAGUUGUUUCAACUACAGCAUUAUCUGCCACCAUCACCAGUAAUGCCAUGGCAUCCUUGUGGAGCUCCUGUGUGGUUCUGCCAUUGCUUGCACUGACCUGGAUGUCAGCUGUUCUAGCCAUGACUGAUCGACGAUCAAUUUUGUUUCAAAUAUUGUUUGCUGUUUUUGACUCCAUUCAAGGCUUUGUUAUUAUCACUAUCCACUGCUUCCUGAGGAGAGAGAUUCAAGAUGUUAUAAAAUGUCGAACAGGAAGCUGCAAAAAUGAAGAAAAUGAAAACUCACCUGAUUCUUAUAAAAAUGGUCAAGUCCAGAUAAUGACAGAUUUUGAAAAGGACGUGGACCUGGCAUGCCAGUCUGUACUCUUCAAAGAGGUUAACACAUGCAAUCCAGCAACUAUCACAGGAACGUUGUCUCGCAUUUCAUUGAAUGAUGAAGAAGAUGAGAAAAUUAAUAUAAACAGUGAAGCAAUUAAUUUCUCCACCCUUCCAGGAAACAUCCCACCUGGAAAUGUAUUGGUCCAGUUGCCUCCGAUGCAGCAGCUGCAUGACGUGAUGCCGAAUGUGGGUGAACUGAGUGAACCACCGCCCCAAGAAGGAAACACCAGUGGUCUCAGGGGAACGCUGUAUCUGUGCACAGAGAACACCCUGAGGCCAAUGGACCUUAAGUGGAGGCGAGCCCAGGAGCAGCCCAUGGAGGGAGACUACAUGGUACUUCCCAGCCGCACUGUCAGCUUAAAGCCUUUCAUCAGAGACAGCAAGUUGAACAUUAAUAUGGAUGACAACAGGCACAAUAUCACUGGGAACCAACCGGUCAAGUCAGAGAUUUAUCCUACCUUUGCCUCAGUUGAUCAGAUCAAUUAUAACUUAAAUCAAUCUUAUGGAACUCUUAAUUACCCACGGAGUGCAGCCCUCAAACACCACCCUUCAGUGAGGCACAUUCUGGCAUCUGAACUUGCUGACAGGAGCAGGACCAUGCCGCGCAGUAAGCCAAGUUCGUCAGGGUCCGUGGGCUCCCUAGAAAGGAAAAGACUGAGGUAUUCUGACCUUGACGUUGAGAAAGUCAUGCACACAAGGAAACGCCACUCAGAACUCUAUAAUGAACUAAACCAGAAGUUUCACACUUUGGACAGGUGCCGAGAACCCGAACUCUCAGGAUUGAAGGUGAAGUGGGAGAAACGAUGGAGCAUUUCUUCAGCAGGAGCUGAAAAGAGCAUGGCAGCUGAGAAAACUAUCCCUGCGGAGCAAUCUCGGGACAACUUCAAGACCGCACCACCUGAUAGACUUCAUUCAGACACCCAGGCAACUUUAGAACUGCAAUCCCCAGACUGGGAGACAUCUGCCGCUAUCUCUCUGGAUACAGAAGGCGAUUUUCAAACUGAAGUGUAAUGUGGAUUCAGAGGUAAAAAAAAAUGAUUCAAGGCAACAACAGACUUGGAAAAUCUGUUUUCACACUGAUGCUCUGAGAAGGAUUCAUUUUAUGUUGAGUUACUGAAUAUCUUUGAAUUGAUGUGAACAGCCAUCAUCUAUCAGUCAGGAAAGUGAGAUUCUCCAGCCCUCUGUUCCUAUUUUCAACGUUCUCACUGUGACAGGUGGGUGAGAAUGCAAGACACAGGAGUCUGUGAAACUAUGUCCAGGUCUACUGACUCAAGAUUCAGUUGCUUUUGAUGUCUCUAUACAAACCAAGACUGAAACAAAAAGGACACAAACACUAAGAAUCUAGUUGGCAAAAAAAUCUGAAGUUAAAUUAAUUUUUAUUUGAGAUUGACCAUUUUUGUCUCCCUAUUUUGUGUAGAGGAAGACAAUCAUAAAACGAUUCUGUCUACUUUUAUACCUGAUUUGUAAGUUGCAGCUUUCCAGUAAUUGUCCUCUAUUCUAUAGGCUGUGACUUACAGAGACUGCAUUUUUGCAACGGCUGCUCUUUCUGGCAGCUUUUGGUCCAUCUCCUCUCCGUACCCAGUGUCUAUCUGUGACAGCAAUAUUAUUCUUACAUCCAGCUUCCAAGAAAAUGAACCUGUGAGAUAAUCCUGUGAACCUCAGUGAAGUCUCAGUGGACACAAGCAGAAGGUACAAAAACGGUCAUUCACACUCUGGAGCCAUUUUUGAAAUCAGAUUCAUAUUUACGUAGGUCUUUCAUGCGAGAACUGACUUUCUCAACAUUAACCUCAGAAGGUGUUAAAAAUGUUUAUAUCACUUAUGUUUGCAUUGGAGACAUAAAUUGUAGUUAAAAAAUAUAACAAAUCUGUUUAGGAAGUAUUAACCUGGUCUGCCACAACCAGUCAUCAAGCAGUGAAUGGGGUCAAAAAUCAAAGUAUGGCAGUCAUAAAAUCUCCCUCAAGCUGACCAUGUAGGGUGUGGUCUUGAUUUCACACUCCACUAUUGAAGACAAUGGGGACGAUUAAUUAGAGAAUUAUAAAAGUAGUAUUAUACCCGAUUCCUGGGGUUCUUUACCUGAUCAUUUGGGUUAAAUUGACCCCCAGUGAAGGUGAAUGAAGAGGAAAUGCUGGACAUACUCAAUUGAUCAGAUAUUAUUUCUCUUCCCACAAACACUCUCCUGCUGAGUAUUUCUGUUCUUCAGAUUUAUAUCUGCAGUUCUUUGCUGUUCUCUCAAACCUGGCAAAUGUUUCGAAAAGACAACAUCUCGCGUCCUUGGUCAAGGGUGAUGUAGAAAUUCCAUGUCUUGUUUUUUAUGAAUUCCUCCUGCGCAAACUCUUAAAAUUUAAGACCAAACCUGUCAAUUCUCUGUUGCUUUUGGGACAUCAUGCUAGAAAAGUUAGAAACAUAGAAAAUAGGUGCAGGAGUAGGCCAUUCGGCCCUUCAAGCCUGCACUGCCAUUCUGUAUGAUCAUGGCUGAUCAUCCAACUCAGAACCCUGUACCAGCCUUCCCUUCAUACCCCCUGAUCCCUUUAGCCACAAGGGCCAUAUCCAACUCCCUCUUAAAUAUAGCCAAUGAACUGGCCUCAACUGUUUCCUGUGGCAGAGAAAGUUAGGAUAUGAUUUUGGAGUUCAAAGAAAAUAAAGUCUGUUUUUUAUUGUUACAAACACACGCGCACACACACACACACACACACACAUAUUAUGUGUACAUGUAGAGUCUUUCCAGUUGCUCUCCUGACUUGAGACCACCCCCAACCUGUCUUCAGUAGAUUUGAAGUCGUUGUCUCGUGAUUCCACAAGCAAACCUCCAUUAUUGCUCCAGGAAUGGCUGGUUACUCAGUGGUCUGACUAAAUUGCAUGACAAGUUGGUGGUAACUAAAUUCAGUCAGUCCAAAUCUCACGCUGUAGGACAGAGAGCUGGAAUCUGUAUCCUUUUUCCCUCAGGCUUCUGCCCCUAUGGAUUCCUGUGAUGCUCAUCCCACAGAGGCAAUGUCCAGUAUCGGUUCGGGGAAGGUGCUGAAUGACUGAAAGCAGAGCCCCUUUAACCCAAGGGCCCAGGACAGAGAUCGUAAAGAUUGAAACUGGAAUAGUGAUAGAAAACGUUGGAGGUCAGGGUCAGUUCCAGGAGACAGGGGUCAUAUAUGAGCCAUGGAUUGGGAAGACAGGGCCUUUUAUGUUUGAUAUAUACAUGAACCAACUUGAAACUAAGUUCCUCAAUGAGCAUUUCCAUAUUCCUCCAUUUAUUCUAGAACAAAAUCAUUUUUAAUCCUCCAGUGAUCUCGAAGUUCCUACUUAUGAUUUUUUAAAAACUUUAUUCCAGAUGGAGGCUGACAUUCUUGGCAAAAUGAACCAACGAAUACUCUGAAUAUUGAAACGUAUUAAAGUGAAAUGCAAUCUCGAACUCAGUGCCUAAUAUUUUCCACCUCAAAUGUUUCAAAAUCUCGGUUUAUUUGGUAGUUGUAUGUGCACAUUUUAAAAGCUGAUAAUUUGGAAGUUCAGUGGAUUUCUUUGGUACUUUAGGUGCUAAGUAUACAACACCCACCAUUCUUGUGGCCUUGGUUAGUGCAGCGGGACUGAGAGCAUUGGGAAUCAUCUGGUUACACAGAGGGAAAAUAGCGUUGGAAUAGAGAUUUCAACGCCUUAAUGGAGUCACUGUAAAAUCAACAGGCUGUGACUCAGAAAUUUGGAAAAUUGCCUUAGGUUAGUGGCCAACCUUGUGAGAAGGAAAGGGCAGGAACGACAGUAACUAAAGGAGACACUACUGGAGGGCUUUGGGAGGCCUGCUCUGUGUCCAGUAUGUUUGCUUCAUAUCAAUGUCACAUGUGGAAAAGAACAUAACACCUGUCUGAUUGGUAUAAUUAUACAUCUAAUUAGGAGUUAAUUUUGGAAAGGCGUACCACUAAUAGCAUUGCUAUCUAUAAAGUUUAAUUAAUGGAAUUACUUAAAAUAAAUUUUGACUAUCUAACACACUCCCUUGGUUUACAUGAGAGUCAAAUCUAAAAGGGCUCCACUUUGUUCCAAAUUUGAUUCAUGGAGCAGCAAACCCUGGCUGCUGACAAGCCUGAAUGGGGCUGGUAAUCUUUCACAAAGUCCAAUAGAUUUCCUGAAAAAGGCUCUACUUAGCUCUCUGCUUUUCUUCAGAACUCAUUUCUUCAGGCUUUGCUCUAGCAACAUUAUUUCAUCCUGUCUUACCUUGAAUUACUUUAAAAGAAGAUUAGAUAAAUGAUCAAGCCUUUAAUUAUCCUAACUUUGUUUUGUCAGUUUGACCAAAAUGAGGUUAAAUGACAGUCCGCUGGUGCUUCUCAAUGAAAAUGAAAAGUUUCAGCUCAUUAACAGGAGCUGGACUCAUGUAACUUGCUAUUACUUUCAUUUUUUGAUUUAGAAAGUCUGUUCUUUUCAACAAAAGUUAUUAUUGGUUUGAAAAUAUUAGAACAGAUUGUGGAAUACUUUAUUAACACACUCAGAAUGCAAAUCAGAAAUAUAUACAGAAGAAAGCAUCAAAGUUCUUUCAUUAUACAUACUUUACUUAGUGAAGACUCCUCUAAUCAUCCAUUUUCAGCCAAAAAUAAAUCUCUUUUACUCACCUUAUGUAGUGAAUCUUAAGUUCAAUAUGUACAUCAUGUAAUAUGAAAGAAUCCAAUCUUAAAUUUUAGAAACUGAUACCAUAGAAGAUGGUUGUUGAGCCGUAGUGUCUGAAUACUCUUUGGAAGACCAGUUUUGGCUUGUGCCACACCCCUAUAUGUUUUGGAAUCUUGUAAGUAUUUUUGGAAUCAGCUUCCAGACAAACAUUUUCUUCUCAUCUCUCCCCCAGAUAUUUAAAUAUUUUAAAACUAAGGUAUUCAGCUAUUACACUACAUGCCAGAAAGAGUUAUAUUUCUUUAUCAUAUCUUUCAUCUUAAAAAUUUUAGUCAGGUCACCUUUUAACCUUUUAUGUCCCAAUGAGAACUCUCUUAAUGUUACCAACUCUUAUUGUACUACAAUUCUUCAUCCAUAUUAACAUCACAAUCAAAUCAACUCUGCACACUUUCCAAGGUUUGUAUAUCCUUCAUGAAGUGUGGUGAUGGGAAUUAUCCGAAGUACGUACCUGUAAAUGAGGAUAAACUGGCAAUUUCUAAAAUUCUGCCAUUGUCUAUUUGGGCUUAUAUUGUAUUUCUCUGCCAUAAAUCCAGGCAAUCCAAAUCGUUCCCAACAGCCCCUCCAACUUAAAGGAUCCAUGAACUUUUGGGGUCUGGACCAUAGUUUAUUGUCCAUCAGUAUACUGUACUCAUUUUAUCUAUUGCUUGUUUCUCCUUUUUGACGAUUGAAUCUUGAGACUUUGAUGUUCCACUACAUAUUAAAUCACUUAUUACUUGGGAGUCCCACACUGAGUAGAUCUAGUAAAUAUUUUUGUGCAUGUAAUGGGACAAACACAUCUUGCACAUUUUGAAUGCCAGGUUUUAUAGGGCAUUAGCACUGUUGCACAUAUUAAGUGUACUGUACAGUAUGUAAUAUCAACAAUGGCAGCAAUAGCAAACCAUCCUGUGAGAUGAAAUUUUGUGCUGAUUCUGUUGUAGCAGCUAUCCUUCAGAAAUUUGUAGAAAAUAUAGAGCCAGUGUGGUAAUUAGAGGUGGCCAGAGACAAGCUAUCACAGUACGUCUGCUACAGUAAUGGGCACAUCACUAGCACUGGAUCACGGUCAGCAGUAUCGGAAGUGAGCAUCUGAUCUGAAUGCAAGAAAAUAAGAAGUAGGAGCAGGUCACAUGACUAUUCCACAAGACCAUGGCUGAGGUUUCUCAGCUCAUCUUUUGUCAUGCUUCCUCAAAAAUCCAAAAAAUAUCUCAAUAUCAGUUUUGUAUUUACUUAACAACUGAGUAUCGGUUGUGGAGAGUCCCAAAUAUUCUUAAUAUUCAAGAUGAAGAAAUUCCUCCUGAAUGUCCAAUCCUUUGUCCUGAGACUCUUCAGUGAAAACAACCUGUUGGCAUUGACCCAGUCAAGCUUCUUCAGAUUUUUAAUUUCUGUUUCAAUUAAAUUAUUCCUCAUUCUUCUAAAAUUCAGAGAAUAUGGGCCAAAUCAAUCUUUUCUCUUGGAAUUCCAAGAAAUCAUUAAAGUGUGUUAAAUUCACAAUUAAGUUUAAAAAAAUUAACUGUUUUUGCAGCAGCUGAUAUGCCAACCUGCUGAAAUCACCCAACAUCAUGUAGAUUCAGAGGCAAAUUGAGAGAUAAUGUUGGAUUUUAAGGGGAGUUCAUGUCUGGAAUCCAGGAUUAGGGCUCUCCUUAACACAAGCCUUUUUGCUCAGUCUAGCUCUUGACUGGAUCCAAGCACAAGUACUCCCUGUAAUCACCCGAGCAGUCAAGCCACCGAUCAUUGCACACCCUCCAGUGAUAUCCUCAUAAACUCUAGAAGGCCUUCAGAAGUCUGGUCCAAAGUUGCAUCUGAAUAACCAACUGUCCAGAAACAUAGUCUACAAGUGAGCCUGCUUUCUUUUGUGGAACCUGCUUUAGACAUCAUGCUCCAUGCUGUUUUGCUGUUGUGGAUCCCUUCUACGCAGGCAGAGUACACUAAUUUUAGGUUGUACAAUGAUUGACAGAACUGCUGCACUCUCAGCAUCUUUUAUGUGUGAGUGCAUCAUACACAAAAAGCAAUGUUUCAAUGUGCACUAUUAAUAUUUUAAAUUGCCAAAGGCACUCAGUGAUUGAUUUUACUCCACAAAUCAAGUGCACAGCAUACAAGAAGCAUAUAGUAUGUAAUUGAAAUUCUUGACCCAGAUUAUUCUGCUUAUCUUUUUGAUAACAUUAAAACAAAUUAUAAUUUUCCUAUAUUAGCCCUUUUAAAUGGUAUAUUCUCAUGUAUCUUCACACUGAAUUCCAUCAGCAAUGCAUCAGCCCAGCUCUCCUUUUACUGGAUGUACCUAAGCAUCUAAUUAAUUUUAUGUACUGCUGCCGCUAAACAAUAAAUUUCGUAUCAUAUAGGACAGUGAUAAUAAAUGUGAUUCUGUGAGGCAAUGGUUCGAUUCAUUUUCUGUUAUUCAUUGUCUGAUAAUCUUUAUCAACCUUCCAAGUGGUUGUAUCAGUUUUUUUAUGAGCCAAUGUUCAGUUCACCCCUGUUUUCCAAGGAAGCAUCAAUGAGCUUAAUAAAACGGGCCUUGUUUUUCAAUAUUAUCAAACCUGACCCAUUGUACAUCACCACCAUCUGCAGAUAAAGGCAAUCAGAUAUGAGAAAACCUAAACCUCUUUCCCAUGUCUAUGGAGCCACUGUUCAACAAAAGCAGAGCUUGAUGACGAAAUUAACUACCUCCCUCAAGUUAUCAGCAUUUGGCUGUCUCAGGGAAAGUGGGUUUGACAAUCAAGAAUUUCAAACUGUCAAAAGUUCCUGAACUUCAGAGCACCAGUAAUAGCUGCUCCCCUUCGGCAAGCACCAGAAAGCACCGAAGAGAUACCCCCAAUGCUGGUGCGCUAAAUCCUUCACAUUCACUGGCAGGAUAAGCAAAGCAACAUCAAUGUCCUUUGGUAGUCCAAACCUCCAGGCUCAAAGCUUCAGUUGCACUCAGCUAGAUACAAACCAACAUCAUUCCCAAACCAUCUCUGCAAAAUGGUGUAUAAAAUGGCUCCAGUGCCAGCUGGAGUAGAAGGUCACUGAUCCUGCUUUGUAGCUGUAGCAUAGUGUAAACAAUGCUGCAGUUUAGUGCUACGACUGGCUUCCAGCUGUAUAAAAAUGACAGCAAGUUAUAUUGCAACACUUAAUAACCUCCAAGUUUUCUUUCAAGUUGUACACUAUGUUGACUUGGAAAUAAUGUUUUUUCCUUCUCCACAGCUAGGUCAAUGUUUUGAAACUACAUAUCUUCUGCUACAUGGACUGCAGUAGGUCAAGAGGGCUCAGGAUAACCUUUUAGAUAAUGGAGGAUGGACGAGAAAUGCUGGUCUUCCUUCACAGAGAACAAGUGAAAUCCUGCUUUCCUUCAUUAGUGAUAGCAUUCAUUAUUGAUAAAUUAUUUCUUACAGUACUUAAAUAAAAGGUUGCAUCUGCUUUGUCUGCAUAUUUGGGGAGGGUCCUUCCAGACCUUUUUAAUGUUUUUAAAAUUUGAGCUAGAAUACCAAGUAUAACUUAAUUGGCUAAUGAUCUGAUAACAUGUCAUCUGGAGACAAAAGAAAUAAAUUACUGUAUGCAAGGUCUCACCAUAUAUUAUGAGUAAUCAACGUCAAGAAAAUGUUGGCACAGAAUGAACAAUAGCAGUUAAUGCUGUGUUUUCGUAUGACUCAGAUGGCUCCAGUGAUGUUGUUGGAAAUAGUCUAGGACAUGGACUAGGUAAUUUAGAUUUCUUAUGUCAAUGGAGUAAAUUGGAUAACUGCAGGAAUAGUGUUGAUUGCUUUAAAGGUCAUUGCAUUGAAGAGGCUCUUUGUACUUUCUCGGCCAUUCUUUUAGAUGGA